AUGCCUCCUUUCUUGAGGAUUGCUUUCAACUCUUUCGACCUGGGUACUCUGCCCCCUCCGGCCGACGCCCCUUUUUGUGCAAUCAAAAUGAAGGAGGCCUUGACAACAGAAAGAGGUAAGACUCUUGUUCAACGGAAACCCACCAUGUACCCUGCCUGGAAGGCCAGUUUUGAUGCACACAUCUACGAGGGCCGGGUGCUCGAGGUUCUGCUGAUGAAGACGGCAGAAGAGCCGCUGGCUGAGGUCACAGUAGGCGUGUCAGUGCUUGCUGAACGCUGCAAGAAAGCCAACGGGCGUGCUGAAUUCUGGGUGGAUCUCCAUCCUUCGGGGAAAGUGAUGAUGGCAGUGCAGUACUUUCUGGAGGGAGUGGAUUCAGAGAGCAAGCAGGCUGCAAAAGAAGAAGAGGCACCCACCCUCAACCGUAGACGAGGUGCCAUCAAGCAGGCAAAGAUCCACUUCAUUAAGAACCACGAGUUCAUCGCCACCUUUUUCAGGCAGCCUACAUUCUGCUCAGUGUGCCGAGAUUUUGUCUGGGGACUCAACAAGCAAGGCUACAAAUGCAGACAAUGCAAUGCAGCCAUCCACAAGAAAUGCAUAGACAAAAUCAUUGGCAGAUGCACCGGCACUGCCGCAAACAGUCGAGAUACUGUGUUCCAGAAGGAGCGCUUCAACAUCGACAUAGCACAUCGUUUCAAGAGCCACAACUACAUGAGUCCAACCUUCUGUGACCACUGUGGAAGUAUGCUAUGGGGUCUUGUCAAACAGGGCUUAAAAUGUGAAGAUUGUUCCAUGAACGUUCAUCACAAGUGUCAGGAUAAAGUGGCCAACCUUUGCGGUAUUAACCAGAAACUUUUAGCUGAAGCACUUACACAAGUCAGCCAGAAAUCCUUCACUCGCCGCUCUGAUCCAAACCUUGACCCAAACCUAUCUGAUAUUGGAAUCUAUGAUGAGGUUAAUAAGCUAUCUGAACUGGAUAUCAAUGAUGCAAGCCAAUAUAGCAGAAUAUGGGAUGGCUCGACCCCGAGGCCUCCGACUCGUCUUACGCACCUUACCCGCAUCAAUGUGGACAACUUUGUUUUCCACAAGGUCCUAGGGAAAGGCAGCUUUGGGAAGGUCCUCUUGGCAGAACUGAAAGGGCGAGAGGAGUACUUUGCUGUGAAGGCCCUGAAGAAAGAUGUUGUGUUGAUGGAUGAUGACGUGGAGUGCACGAUGGUGGAGAAAAGAGUCUUAGCUUUAGCCUGGGAUAACCCUUUCCUCACACACCUUUAUUCAACCUUCCAGACAAAAGAACAUCUGUUCUUUGUGAUGGAGUAUUUGAAUGGAGGAGACCUCAUGUUUCAUAUCCAGGAAAAAGGACGUUUUGAUCUCGUCAGAGCCACGUUUUACUCUUCUGAAAUCAUUUGUGGCCUUCAGUUCUUGCAUAGCAAAGGAAUCAUCUACAGAGAUCUAAAGUUAGAUAAUGUGAUGCUGACUCAAGAGGGACACAUUAAAAUAGCGGACUUUGGUAUGUGCAAGGAGAAUGUCUUUGGAGAGAACCGUGCCACGACUUUCUGUGGUACACCUGACUACAUAGCUCCUGAGAUCUUACUGGGCCAGAAAUACUCUUUCUCUGUUGACUGGUGGUCAUUUGGCGUGUUGCUAUACGAAAUGCUAGUCGGACAAUCGCCGUUCCAUGGAGAUGAUGAGGAUGAGCUUUUUGAGUCCAUCCGAAUGGACACCCCUCACUAUCCGCGCUGGAUCAACAAGGACGCUAAGGAGCUGCUAGAGCGGUUAUUUGAAAGAGAUCCCACGCGCAGGCUCGGGAUCAUCGGUAAUAUCCGUUUACACUCCUUCUUUAAGUCCAUUGACUGGCAAGCCUUGGAGAACAGGGAGGUAGAGCCACCCUUCAAGCCCAAAGUGAGAGCACCCAAUGAUUGCAGUAACUUUGAUAGAGAGUUCCUGAGCGAGAAACCCCGCCUAUCCCACAGCGACAAGAAUUUGAUUGACUCCAUGGACCAGUCGGCGUUUGCGGGAUUUUCAUUCAUGAACCCCAAGAUGGAGACUCUCUUAGAAAAAUAA